UUCUAAUAUUCUAUUGAAAAAUAAUUACUGUUAUAUCAAAGUAAUUAUCAUCAUUACCUAAUUUACUUGAUAUAAAAAUGAAUCAUUUUGAAUAAAUUAAAAAUAAAAAUAAUAAUGUCUGGAAGAAAAAAAACCAACCAGAAAAGUGGAAGACGAGGUUGAGCAUCACCAUCUCCAAUCCCACCAAUGCAACAAAAAAGAUUUAAGGCAAAAAAUUCAUCAUCUCAACCAUGGACAAAUAAUAACAGUCAAUCUUCAACUUUUCAAUCUGCUGCUAGUACAGCAGCUGGAGUUGCUGUUGGUUCUAUUAUAGGCCAAGCAAUUGGAAGCACACUUGCUGGUAACAUUAAUCAUGUAUCUUCUGCUAAAGCAGAAUCUAAAAAUAAUUCUGAAGAACCAUGUAUUCCUGAAAUACGAGAAUUCUUCGAAUGCGCUUCAAGAAACGAAGAUCUAGAUACAUGCAAAGCUUAUCAUGAUAUGUGGAUGAAAUGUCAAAAUGGAUACAAACAUAAAAAUUAAUCAUUCACAUGAAAUGGUAUGUUCCAAAAGAUCAAAUUAUAAAUAAAUUGUUCUGAUCCUUAUGAAAUAAUCAAGGACAUAUAAAAAAUUACUGAUUUAAGAACACUGUUUAUUAACUUAACGCGUUUCUUAAAGAC